UAAACAAAUAAAUAAAUAAUGGCAUCRGAUGGAGAGGAUCUGAACAUGACGGCAUCUGAAAGCGAAGUUUCUGCAGCGGAAAAUGAAACUGACGUUGAAGAUGCGGCGGUGCCGGAGCUUGAAACAGAUGAUGACCUUGUAGAAGUUGAAGCUGUCCCCCUGUCGACCGAUGAAGCUGAAAUGGAGGAAUUGCUAACACAACUGGAGGAUUAUACGCCCACGUUGCCAGAUGCGCUUACAUUGCGCAUACUAAAUAGCUCUGGCUUUGGCUCUGUGGACCCGCGAAUCGUUCGCAUCAUUUCUGUCUCAGCACAAAAAUUCAUCUCAGAUAUUGUAAAUGAUGCGCUGCAGCAUUGCAAAACCCGCACAACAAACAUACAACACUCCAGCGGACACAGCUCCGGAAAGGACAAGAAGAAUCCGAAAGAUCGCAAAUACACUUUGGCUAUGGAGGACUUGGUGCCAGCUCUGGCCGAUCAUGGCAUAACAGUGCGGAAGCCACAAUAUUUUGUUUAAAAUCACACUAAUUAGAAUUAAGCAAAAAGUGCAAAAAUAUGUA